AUGCUAUUGGUAGUUGUUCAAGGGCAGGGUCCUGGUCCUCGUUAUGGUCAUGUUCUGGACUUGGUCGCCCAACGAUACCUUGUUACUUUUAGUGGCAAUGAUGGAAAGAAAGUGCUUUCAGAUGCUUGGUCUUUAGAUACUGCACAAAAACCGUAUGUGUGGACGAAGCUCAAUGCUGAAGGUGAUAAACCUUCUGCUAGAAUGUAUGCUACAGCUAGUGCACGCUCGGAUGGUAUGCUUUUGCUUUGUGGUGGAAGAGACACCUCGGGCAUGCCUUUGGAAGAUGCUUAUGGACUGCUUAUGCAUAAAAAUGGACAAUGGGAAUGGACUCUCACACCUGGAGUGUCACCAUCAGCACGAUACCAACAUGCUGCAGUGUUUGUUGGUGCCAGAUUACAUGUCACUGGAGGUGCUCUUAAGGGCGGGCGGGUGGUAGACGGUGAAGCAGCCGUUGCAGUUUUGGACACUGCUGCCGGAGUUUGGUUAGAUAGAAAUGGCUUGGUGACUUCUUCAAACGGUAGCAAUAGUCAAACAGAAGAUCCGUCUUUGGAGAUCAUGCGACGUUGUCGACAUUCCAUGUCAUCCAUUGGUUCUCGUUUAUAUGUAUAUGGUGGUCUUAGGGGAGAUGUGUUGCUAGAUGAUUUUCUUGUAGCAGAGAAUUCACCUUUUCAUACAGAUGGCAAUUAUACUGGAUCAACACCUGAAAGGGGUUCGAACAUGACAACUCCCAGGACGAACGAUUUGUGCCCAUUUGAUCCUAUAUCACAUGAUGACGUAUCUGAAAGUUCUAUAUCCACUGACUCAAGCAUGGACCAAGAAUAUACUCAGGGACAGACUGAUGCUGCUAAUUCUGUGUGGCAAACUGCACAAACUCAUAUGUCAACUCCAAAAGAAAUGAUGGGUGCAUGGGCUAACUCAGAGGAUAGUGAUGUAGCACGAGAUGUGCAACUUCACCCUAGAGCCGUUGUAAUUGCUAGAGAAGCCAUAGGAAAUCUGGGUGGGUUAGUAAGGCAGUUGUCCUUGGAUCAUUUCGAAAAUGAGAGCAAACGUAUGAUGCCCUUUCAUAAUGAAAUGUCAUCAUGCCCUGGGAAAAGGUUCAUGAGGCAAAAGUCACCUCAAGGCUUGCAUAAGAAGGUGAUUUCUACUUUGCUUCAGCCUCGAAACUGGAAACCCCCUGCUGACAGGAAGUUUUUCCUGGAUGCUUAUGAAGUGGGAGAGCUUUGUUAUGCUGCUGAGCAGAUCUUUAUGAGUGAGCCUACAGUUCUUGAUUUGAAAGCUCCAAUCAAAGUGUUUGGUGAUCUACAUGGACAGUUUAUUGAUCUGAUGCGGCUAUUUGAUGAAUAUGGAUUCCCUUCCAGUGCUGGAGAUAUUACAUAUAUUGAUUAUUUAUUCCUUGGAGAUUAUGUUGAUAGAGGACAACAUAGCUUGGAGACGAUCACUUUGCUCCUCGCUCUUAAGAUUAAUUAUCCCGAGAAUGUUCACUUAAUACGGGGGAAUCAUGAGGCUGCUGAUGUAAAUGCACUUUUUGGUUUUCGUCUUGAAUGCAUUGAAAGAAUGGGAGAGAAUGACGGAUUAUGGGCAUGGCAGAGGUUCAAUGUGUUGUUUAACCAUCUUCCACUCGCAGCACUUAUUGAGCAGAAGAUAAUAUGUAUGCAUGGUGGCAUAGGAAGGUCAAUUCAUUCAGUUGAACAGAUUGAGAAUAUAGAGCGACCCAUAAACAUGGAUGGCGGAUCUGUCGUCUUGAUGGAUUUACUUUGGUCUGAUCCCACAGAAAAUGAUAGCGUAGAAGGUUUGAGACCGAAUGCAAGGGGACCUGGUCUUGUCACUUUCGGGCCUGAUAGGGUUACAGAUUUUUGUAAAAGAAACAAACUUCAACUGAUUAUAAGAGCACACGAAUGCGUAAUGGAUGGUUUUGAGAGAUUUGCUCAAGGACAGUUAAUUACCCUUUUCUCUGCAACAAACUACUGCGGGACUGCCAAUAAUGCUGGAGCUUUACUAGUUAUUGGCAGAGGACUGGUGAUUGUUCCAAAACUGAUUCACCCAUUGCCGCCACCACUUGAACCAGAACCAUCUCCAGAACCUUUCCGAGAGCGCCAUUGGAUGCAGGAACUUAAUAAUCAAAGACCACCUACUCCAACUCGAGGCCGACCCCAGCCUGAUCAUGAUAGGAGCUCGCUAGCAUAUAUCUGACUACAUGGGUUCAUAUCUCUGACUUCAGUUGAACAUCGAACAACAAUUUUCUGCCAGAAGUUCAAAACAGACUACCGGUUACAGAAACAAAUUACGAAGAGAAGCUAUACACAUCACAUGAUAUAACGAAGUUUCAUUUUCACUGUACAAUGCAAGCAAGAUGUUCACAACUAUGCCAAAAAUAUUAAAUAGUUUUGUGAAUUCAUUGCAAGAAACCUUAUGUUAUUAUUGGUACUUCUCAUUGAUUUUCU